CCCGGAAAAAUGCAAAAUUUUCGAGUGCCGCGUUUCCGUUAACAUGAUACGUGACGUUCCAUAUGUUAAUUUUGGACACGAUUGAGCGACCGCGCAUAUAAUUUGGACAUGUAAUGAACGUUGCAUGCUUGCAGGCAUCACAUGACAUUUAUCUUCAAUACUCGAGGCUCCAAGGAGCCCAAAGAGUAAAAAUAUUACAAGCUUCACGAGGAGAAUCUAAGCUAGCGAAAUAUGAUCGUGUCACCGUUAAUACUUUGUUGUGGGGCGUUCUUCAACCUCUAUGUUAUGCUCUAUUGUUAUCAAUGUUCAAGAUGGCGGUCCCUUAAUAACUUAAAGUACUUCAUCGUCUUUCAAACGAUUGUUAACAUUGGAAAUUUGUUUGUUCAUCUGGUCUUGCUGCUUCGAGAUGAGCUUAACCCUGUAACUGAUCUUACACGUGUUGAGGACCACACAAUUUGCGAUAUACUACCAAAUAUCACGGCGUGUUUUACAUCGUUAUCAGUGUUUAACCUCACGGCAUUUGUUGUCGUGCGUUACCUAAAAACAGAACGACGGUGGACAUUCCCGGCGUUCAAAAUCGCGCUGGCAUUUGCGGGAAUUGUGCUGUCAUCUGGGCUAUUGUUAUCUCCAGCUCUAAGAAAUUUGUACCAUAAAAUGCCAGUGUUAAAAUGCAACGGAUGUUACUGUCCUUCUCCAGGGGUUAGCUGGGAGGCUAAUUUCGACGUGUGGCUUUAUGGUUAUAUGGUAAUCAUGUUACAAUUUGUGGUUCCAGCAAUAAUUCUACUAACUGCUGUUCUUCGUGCAGUAGCGAAACAUUUAGAAGAAACACGAUUGUUGAGCAACAGCGGCGGCGAUUACCAACCGAAAUGCGGUCUGAAAAACAUAAACGUCGUUACUUUAGCGACCUUUCUUGUUAUAACCUUUGUGUUGCCCGUUCGAGGCGUGCGAUUCGUGGCCGGAGAACACUUGUUUCCUGGCGGAAGAUCGUUCGUUGAGAUCGAUCUUUUGAACUCGGUGUUUUAUAUUUUAGAAGUUUCUUGGGCGGGAUUUACUGCUGUUUUGCCAGCCUGUUUAAAGAGCUUUAUUGACAAUGAGUUAUCAUGGUCGAAUAAAAAGGAUUCUAAAGGCAGCCCGUGUUACCAAAAUGGAAAGAUGUAUAUUCAGGCUCUAGCCGAGUUAGAACUAUGGGAAUAACUUACAACAACAGCCUUUUAACGUAAUUAACCUUUUUUAAAAUGCAAAAGAUGGUCUCAUUCAACUCUGCCCGCAAACUGCGUCAAUUCACGCGAUCACAAUAUCACGCAAUCAGGCAUAAACCCACACUUUUUAAGAAUUAAAUCUGGCCUUCCAAUUUAAUCCGUAAUCAUAAGCAACUGGCGUUUAUUCACGUAAUCAUUCUAGUUAUAUUUUUUGAUUCUGCUAAGGAUAUGAUUAUUGAAGGCGAAUUGAAGCGAACAUCUGUUGGCGUCAAUGGCUUUGUUAGUUUUAAGAAUGACAGCAAUAUUGCCGUUCGAACAUUCAAGAGGAAUAAACUUGCCUUUUAUUUCGGCAAAAGAUAGCUAAGGUAAGCGACCCGUAAAUGAAAGUAAUAGAUCUCCUUAUAUUAGCUCGUAUGUUUUGUUUUUCGCUCAAUGAAGGUCCCAGAAUUUGAAGAGAAACAUUCCUCUUGAAUAUUAUAUCACGUGACCUUCAUUGAAAACAAACUCACGAACUAAAGAGUUCUGUUUAUCCGUUACUCGUUCCCAUGUAUCGCUUUAUUUACAACUUGAAUAAUUGCUGCUCUUGCUCU